CGCGGUCUCAGUCGACGCGCGGCAUCCGUGUGAAACGCAUCGCGUGCCUACUCUCUCGUUUCGUUUUUCUUCUCGCCUUCCGAUAAUCGAAAACGGAAGAGAGAGGAGAAAGAAAAAAAAAAAUAAAAAAAUAAAAUAAAAAGAAAGAAAGAAAAAAAAAACAAAUAUUCCAAACUACUCUUUCCGAUAAUUUCCACAUAUGCGACGAUAACGAUCCGAUAAUAUAUAUAUAUAUAUGUGCAUAUAUGUGUAUAUAUAUAUACAUAUAUUUAUUUAAAGAUAAAUAUUUUUUUCCUUUUUUUGUUUUUAAAAAAAAUGAACGAAAAAUAGAAUUACUAAAUAAGAGAACAAAGGGGAGAGAUAAUCGAUAGAUUUGAUUUUAUUGAUACACAAGAAAGAAGAUAACAACAACAAAAAAAAAAAUAGGAAAGAAAAAGAAAUUUUUCCUAUUUCGAUUUCGACGAUCGUAACUUCUCUCGUACGGAUCAUCGCGUGAGCGGAUGUGGAUUCGCCGAUGUGACAAGAGAAUACAGUCAUAAUGAUAGACCGGAUCUGACGAAGAGAUUGAGAAAGAAAAAGAGAGAGAAAGAAAGAAAUCUAUUCGUUCGUGACAAUUGAAUGAACGUGUGUGCGAUAGUGACUCAAUCAUAAAUUAUCGAUCUUAUUGCCAAGAGAUUAUCAAAUAUACAUAUUUAUAUAUAUAUAUGUUAAUCGAUUUAUUUGACAUUAUUUAUCGUAUUUUUUAAAAGCGUCGGAUCGUGUUCGUGAAAAUUUUAUUUGGAGGAUCGAUCGAUCAUAUUAAAAGGGAUAUAAAGAAGAAUAAGAAGAAAAACAAAAAAGAAGAAGAAGAAGAAAGAAACGAGUAAGAAUCGAUAAGAGUUUCCAAGAUUGAUUUCAAAAUUGAAAUAGAAUCACAAAAUGAAGUGGUCGUAGUGGAGUUCUCAUAGUCGAGCCCUUUGAUCGUUGUCGCACCGUUUCCCUUUGAUCUUUGGUGACCCUUGAAACGACGAAUAUCCUAGGCUAAUAUUCUCGAGAUAAACCUAUUGAUCGAUUAAUCGAUCGAUAGAUCUAUCGAUUCUUAUCCUUGAUGAUCGAGAGAGGAUAAAAAAAUUGCAAGAUAUUCGUCGUAAAAUUUUCUUAUUUUUUUCUCCUUUUUUUUUGUUGUUCUUUGUGGUCAACGAUGCUUAAGAGAAAAAACUCGUGGUAAAACUUAAAAAGUGUGAUAAUCUCGAUUAUUUAUUGUCCCAACGUAGAAACCUUAAUCUUCGUGUUACUCUCCUGCUAUUGCUGUUGCUGGUGUUACUGAUAUGGCUACCAAUAAUCGUCGUCCUGUUCGAGCGAUGAGCAUUUAAAGGAAAAAAAGAAAGAAAAAAAAAAAAAAAGGAAAAGAUAGGACGAGAGGAAACUAAACGGACAAUAAAUAAAUAAAUAAAUAAAAAUAAAAAGAGGGGAAGAAAAAAAAGGAAAAAGAAGGAAGGAAGGAAGGAAGGAAGGAAGGAAGGAAGGAAGGAAGGAAGGAAGGAAGGAAGGAAGUAAGACUACUGUUUUACAUCUCCUAGAAUGAAAAUCGUGUCAAGAUCAUCGAGUACGGCGCCGUUGUUGUAAGGAAAAAUAUGAAAUAACAACCAGGGUAAAAAGCUGAUAAAACUCUGCCGCUUAUAUCAACGCGUAUAAAGGGAAAUUUAAAGAUGGACAAGUACGGAGUAGAGUUUCCUAAACGUGAUUGGAGUCACAGGCUUAGUUUGCGUGGCAGUAGAAGAAGUCAUCAGAGCGACGUAGUAGGGAGAUCAACAACUGGAUCUUUGAAGAGUACAAGAAGAUGGGCGAGUCUACGACAACAUACCGUAAACAACGAUGGUGGUAAACCACGAGUCGAAUUACUUCUUGAUCCACCAGGAUCGAAACCUUCGACUCCUUCGUCUCAACCGCAUACUCCUCAUACACCUAAUACACCAAAGACACCGCAUACUCCGGUUAAGAAGUCUAACUGGGAGGUUAUCGAGCACUUUACUGGACCACCUCGUCCCUCCAUUAUCACGAUGAACAGAGGAUCGGAAGUCGGUGUUGGUAUCAAUGUAACUGGAAAGGAACCAAUACCGGAAAUAGCCUCUAAUCCGGGAAUAACUCUACCGCCUACCGGAUGUGCCCUAUGCAGAUUUCUAAGCUCUCUUUGCACCUCUCAUCGAUUCAAAAAUCUCCAGGUGGAAAUGCUCUACCAACGUUAUUUCCUUCGCAUGAAUCAGAGUAACAUGACACACGUGCUUGGUCUACUAGUAGGAUUGGCAUUCGCACUGGGCCUGCUACUCAUCGUUAGAUUGAUUUUAACCAACGGCGAGCCUCUACUUACGCUUCUACAACGGUCCGAAAAUCUUUCACUAGCAAUCACCCUCAUCAUAUGCAUCAUCGUUUACGCAGCAUUGGUCGCGACCAUUUCGAGACCCGGAAUAAACGAAAUUUGGUUGGCUGUGGUUAGCGGUGCCGUACUGGUUACAUUGUUGGCCUUACAAGUGACCCUGAACAUUCAUCUGGCCUAUUUGCACGAGAUGCAACAGAAAAAUUACGAAGAUGGCGUGAAUGGAAAUACAUCGUCGUCGUCGUUCUUGUUCUCGUCAUCGUCAUCGUUAUCGUCUUUAUCGUCGACGUUACCGACCUCUUCUACGUCAUCAUCUACACCAUCUUCUUCGUUCUUGUCAAUGUCAAAAGAACUACGAACUGGUGGUCCAUUGGCAGCAGCUUGGGCAGUCUGCUUUUUCAUCUACAUGGCUUAUGCUCUAUUACCGAUUAGGCUUAGGCAUGCCUGCAUCGCUGGAAUCUGUUUCUCGAUCGCUCAUCUCGUCGGUGCAUUGCUACUCUAUCCACAAGAUUAUCCUGCUAUAAUGGCUCACCUUCUCAGCUCGAUAGUCGUGGUCGGUGGUACGAACGUUGCUGGUGCGCUGACACAUCAUCCUAGAGAAUUGGCUCAACGACAGGCCUUCCUUGAGACCAGACAAUGCGUCGAAGCACGUUUAACAACGCAACGUGAAAAUCAGCAACAGGAAAGAUUAUUGCUGAGCGUACUUCCAAGACACGUUGCGAUGGAAAUGAAAGCGGACAUUGCAGGAAAGCCAAAAGACACGAUGUUCCAUAAGAUCUACAUUCAACGACACGAGAACGUUAGCAUUUUAUUCGCAGAUAUUUGUGGUUUCACGUCACUCUCCGACCAAUGCACAGCAGAAGAACUCGUCAGAUUGCUCAACGAGUUAUUCGCACGCUUUGACAGAUUGGCUGCCGAGCAUCACUGCCUGAGAAUAAAACUCCUUGGAGAUUGCUACUAUUGCGUUUCGGGUCUACCAGAACCAAGACCCGAUCAUGCCCACUGUUGCGUGGAGAUGGGAUUGGAUAUGAUUGAUGCGAUCACACUGGUGCGCGAGGUAAUGGCUGUUAACGUAAAUAUGAGGGUUGGUAUUCAUACUGGACGAGUACUUUGCGGAGUUCUAGGCUUGAGGAAAUGGCAAUUCGACGUUUGGAGCAACGACGUUACUUUGGCUAAUUACAUGGAAAGUGGUGGAAUACCAGGUCGAGUGCAUAUUACUAAAGAGACCUUGGAUUGCUUGGGAGGAUAUUACGAGGUCGAGGAGGGACGUGGUGAAGAGAGGAAUUCUUAUUUGAAGGAGCACAACAUCGAAACUUAUUUAAUCGUUCCUGGUAAUACUUACAAGGAUAAUAUCCCUACAUCUGGCACAAAAAAAGGAUUCACGAUAAAUGGAAACGUGUCGAAAGAAAUGAGAGUUAUGGGUCAUGGAUCGCAACAUGGCAAACAAGCCAAAUUAGGAUUUGGCGAGAGUGUCGAAUGCGAAAAAGAUCCAGAAGACGAAGUAAAUGAAUAUCUGAUGAGAGCUAUUGACGCAAGAAGCAUCGACCGUCUCAGAGCUGAACAUUGUACGCCUUUCAUCUUGACGUUUCGAAGGCCUGACAUCGAAGAGAAGUAUUCACGAGAAAGAGACAGGAUGCUUUCCGCCUAUUUUGUAUGUUCCGGUUUCGUUUACAUGGUCGUUGUGGUCGCCAUCGCCAUUACUCUUUCUGGGAGUAUAUAUUUCUACGUUUGUACCGGUGUGAGCAUAUUGGUGAUAGCUUUGGUAAAUGCUAUUCUACUUGCUGAGAAAAACGAGACGGUACCUUCAUGGGUGAGGAACAUGGCUUUGAGGAUUUUUGAAAAUCGGAUAAUCGCCCAAAGCAUUGCCGCCGUCGUCGUCUUUUUAACCUUCAUCACCGUUCUUUCACCUUUGGUAAAACUAGACGAAAGCGAAACAUGUGGAAGUAAUACUUUGACCUCAACCACCGAAUGGCUUAACAAUUCUGGCGUAAUGGUUAAGAGAAUCGAAAAACAAGAUGGACCGUGUUACUACACUCUAUUCUCCGACCUAUUUCCCGUUCUGGUGAUGUUAGUUAUGGUGACCUGUGCGGUAUAUCAAAUUUUAACUUCGAUCUUGAAGGUCGCCGUACUGAGCAUCGUCGUGGCCUGUUAUUUAGGUGUUAGUAUUUAUCAAGCUAUGAACGACGAUCGUUUGGAUGUCGCCGAAAAAUGGUUGGCUGGCGUUUUGGUAGUCUUUUUUAUGGCGUGUCUGAUCGUACAUUCGCAACAUACCGAAGCUACCUACAGAUUAGACUUCCUAUGGAAACUCCAAGCAACCGAGGAGAAAGAAGAGAUGGAACAUCUCAAGGCCUACAAUCAAAAAUUAUUGGCGAAUAUUCUACCGGAACACGUGGCCGCACAUUUUCUAUCCACCGUUAAUUCCGACGAGCUCUAUCACGAGCAAUGUGACUUCGUUUGCAUAAUGUUCGCCUCCAUACCAAACUUUUCGGAAUUCUAUGUCGAGUUAGAGGCGAAUAACGAGGGCGUCGAGUGUCUCCGACUUCUCAACGAAAUCAUCGCCGACUUUGACGAGCUUCUAGCGGAGGAGCAAUUCAAGUACAUCGAGAAAAUUAAGAGUACUGGUGCCACCUAUAUGGCAGCAUCCGGCCUGACGAGAAACACCUGCGACAUGAGGGACUACAAACAUGUGACCGCGAUGGCGGACUAUGCUUUAAGAAUACGCAAACAGCUGGCUGACGUUAAUGAACAUAGUUUCAACAACUUUAGGAUGCGCGUGGGGAUCAACAUAGGACCGGUUGUUGCCGGGGUGAUAGGCGCAAGAAAGCCGCAAUACGACAUUUGGGGUAACGCCGUAAACGUGGCCUCGAGAAUGGAUUCUACCGGAGUUUUGGAUAGGAUUCAGGUCACCCGUGAAGUUCACGAUAUUCUAUUGGCUAAAGGUUAUCCACUUACUUGUCGUGGUAGUAUACAGGUUAAAGGAAAGGGUAGUAUGGUAACGUAUUUUUUGAAUGGACCAAGUGAUACCACGAAGACGAGGAAUAAUGCUACAGAGAUAUUAACCAGGACCAAUUCUAACAACAACAACAACAAUAAUAGCAACACUAACGUUAACGAAAGAAUGUCGUCCUCGCCCAAUGAUGGAGCAGUACUUGUUUAAAGAAAAAAACAAAAUUAUUUAUUUUAGAGAAAUUAACAAUCAAAAUAUCAUCUUUUGUCCUUCCUUUGUCCAAUGUUUCUUAUAUAUAUACAAUUUUUGAUUAUCUCGAUAUAUGUCGUUCGAUAUGUCGAUGAUGAUCAAAACGACCACAAGGAAAAUAAGACGACGAUGAAAAAGAAAAAUAUAUCAUUAGAUUUUAUUUCAGAUUUCUAAUGAUGGAAAUAUAUUUUUCUGGCCAUGGUCCAGGUAAUCGAUGCUUUUCGUCGUACAUACAUAAGACGUAAGAACGUGCUUUGAAUUUUUCUCUGUCUCUCUGUCUCUGUCUCUCUUUUUUUAUUUCUUUUUCUUUUUUCUUUAUCUAUCUAUGUCUUUCUCUCUCUAUCUACCUAUCUAUCUAUGUUUUUCUCUCUAUCUAUCUCUCUCUGUCUUUCUCUCAACGAUUUUAUGUCCAAAUUGAAGAAAAAUACCAAAGUGGGACUUUAUCGAUACGAAACGUGAUCUUUAUCGACGUAUUUUCUUGUUUUCCGCUAUUAUUUAAAAAAAAAGAAAAAGAAAGAAAAAAAAUUAUUUAAGAAAUAUUAUUUAAAAUAUCGUUUGGAAAAAUUAUUAAGAAUAUUAUUUAUAAUAUCAUUAAAAGAAUAUUAUUUAAAAAAAAAAAAAAGGAAUCUUUGAAUAACACGUAAUCAAAGAAGGGAGCAAUUUCAUUCGAACGAGAUUUCGAUAUAAUUCACGUUUAUUAAUUGCAAUGAGACAUAUAAAAAUCUUGUCGUUUAAUCGCCCAUUGAAUAUUUAUUUUAUAAUCCUUUUUUUUUUUUUAAUUAUACAUGAUCCAUUAAACUUGCAUAUCGUUCGUUAGAUCACGUCAACUUCUAGCUUUAAUUAAUUACAUUCUUCUAAGAAAAAAAAUAUUUUCUGAAUGUCUCGAUAGAGAUGAAUAAUAAAUUCGUCUUCGAUGAAUGACGACAUUUUUCGACAGAAAAAUGUAACUAGAAAAGACAUAAUAAGGAAGAUCGAAAUCCAAAUCAAAAUAUGGAUAACGAUCCUAUUUCCAACAAAUGAUCUAACGUAUUAUUCAUCUUCGACUUUCUAUUAUUUCGUUCCAUUUAUUUAUUUUUUAUUUAAUAACGCAACAAUUUCUUUGUAAAUAUAAUCUCUACAUUAUAUUCAUCGAUUUACAUUUCGAUAUCUAUAAAGACUAUGUAUAUUUUUAGAUGACCAAGAUAUAAUAGUUUUUUUUAUUCGUUUCAAUAUUAACGAAAACGCCAAUUUUAUUCGAUUAAUAUUUUAUAUUAUAUACGUAAAAACGAAAAGAAAAAAAAAACAAGAGAGAGAAAAUAUGUGUAGCAUUUAAUUAAUAAUCUAUCGGUAUGAUUGCGUGUACGAGGAAGAAGAAAGAAAGAAAAAAAAAAAGAAAAGAAAAGAAAAGAAAAGAAAAGUGUUCGUGAAAUAAAAGGUCUAAACAAAUCGCGUUCGAUACGCGAGAUUCGUAUUAGUUUUUAUUUGAAUACAUAUAAUGUAAUAUGUAUUAGAUAUGUACUAAUGAUACAAUGUAAUCAUAAAUUUUCUUUUUUCCAUUUUUUGCUCUUCCUUCCUUUUUCUCUUUUCUUUUUUCCUUUUUUUUUGUUAAUUUUUCCUUCAAUUAAAAUAUAAGUCGCCCGCUGGAACAAGUAGAGUAAUAUUAUUCAUGGUCAAUAAUGUCCAUUUCAAUUAACAAAAUCUAUCGUAUCUAUCGAUUGCUAACGCAAAGUAAUAUCGAUUACCUAAUUCGUGCCAUAAUCUUCUUAUUACUCGCAAAUCGAGAACUUCCUUAUCUUAACGAACGAUUUCUCAAUUGUGUUCGUUAAGAAGCAAAUCAUACGUGUGAUAUAUAAAUUUCUUUUACAUAUCGUAACAGCUUAUUAUAUAUAUAUAUUUAUUUAUUUAUUUUAUUCUUCUAUUUAUUUUAUUAUUUUAUUCUUCCAUUCUGUAUAUGUGUGUGUAUAUAUAUAUAUACACAAGAACACUGUCUAGCUCGAAAUAAUAAAUGUUGAUAAAGCUAAUAAUAAUAUUUCUAUGUAGGAAAUUUCUAUUUCCAUUUGAAAUAAUUAUUAUACGAGUCGAAAUUGAAAUGUGGAUAGAUGAUUAUGUACACUAUAACAAAAUUUCUCGCAAUUGGUGUUGAAUAGAUAUCACGUAUAUACAUACAUACAUACAUACAUACAUACAUACAUACAUACAUACAUACAUAAACACAUACAUACAUACAUACAUACAUACACGAUCUUAAAUAUGUAGAAGCUCAUAUAUUUUGCAUGCAUAAUUCGUCGGAUAUUUUAAGGAAAAUAUAAAGGGAUGAAGAGAAUGAAAAGGAAAAGAUGAUAAAGAAGAAAAAAAAAUUAAAAAGAAAAAAUAAAUAAAUAAAUAAAAUGAUCAAUUAAAGGAUCAUAUUUAUCUAUCGGUCUUAUUUAAUUAUUAAUAAUUAAUAUAAAAUAAUCAAGAUUGACGAGUAAUGAACGAUUGAUCGUGUCAGUAUCGUUAAAUCUUAUUAAUCGUUAAGAAAAUUAUAAGACUUUUAACAUUUCUUCCGUGUUCAUUGUCGAUAUUGACGAAUAAUAUACAUUAAUAAAUGUAAUCGUGUUGUUUAAAUCGUCUUUAGUCAUUUCGACGAAUUAAAAUUAAUAAUAUGCAUAUUAAUGUUUGUCAAAAGGUCUAAUCAUAAUCUAAUUAUAAAAGGUAUAUGAGAAUCCAAGUAAACGAUAUUGUGUGCAUUGGACGAUAAGUCAAAUCAUUGUUUCUUUUAGAAAAAUGAUUAUAAAUCAAUUGAGAUUAGAAUUUGAGAUCGAUAAAUGAACGUAAUUUAAAUACAACGAAAUUGUCAGAAUAUAAAGAAAAAACUUUGAGUAUUAAUAAUUAGGUGUCUUUUACAAAUUAAUAGUAUUGAGUUUAGACAGAAGGGGACCAUGGAAAGUUAGCGAUUAUAAUUUCAAGAUAAAAAAAAAGUAAAAGGAAAAAAAACAAUAAAGAAAGAAAAAUAAAUUGGUUAGUGACGUACUUAUGUACGUAAUAUAUUUACGUUGCGAUAAAGAGAUCCAUUUUAUUUUUUUGUCUCUUUCUCUCUCUUUCGCUUGAGAUAUUUAAUCCAGAUUUACGUAAUGACGUAAAUCUGGACGAUAAAAAAAAAUGUAAAAAAUAAGAGAAGAAAGAUUGACAACAACAACAACAACAAUAACAACAACAACAAAAACAACAACAACAGCAACAACAAGAACAACAAUAAAACAAUAACAACAAUUACAAGAAGAACAAAAUUAAAAAAUGUAUUUAUACGGCCUUAAAAAGAUAUUUGCAUCUUCAAUAUAACAAUAACGUAACAAAUCAUUUAGAAAACCAUUUCGAGCGAUUUUUUUGACUCGCGCAUUUUUUUUUUUUUUUUUUUUUUUUU